AUGUUCGCCUUCUUCAGUUUCCUCCUUGUCGGCUGCACCUUGUGUCUUCAAGUUUCCGCCCAGCAAGGCACCAACGAAACCGUUGCCGUGACGACCGUUGCCAUGACGAUCGUUGCCGUCACUGCGGGCACCGACAGAGAGGUGCCCCUUGGGGCAGAGUCGGUGGUUCUGCCCUGUCGGUACACGGGGCGGGAAGGGGCGCCCCCUAGCGUGAGAUGGUGGAAGGAACCAGAAACGCCAGGCCAGCCGAGAACGGAGGUUUAUGACGUCACAAACGACUUGGCACACGAUGGGUACCUCGGUCGUGCAGAGGUUGUGGACCAGGCCUCCCUGCGGCUGCUGAAGGUGACCUUGGCGGAUGCGGGGACGUUCGUCUGCACCGUGGAGGGGGACGGAGGCUACGCCGAGGGGUUCGUCAGGCUGGGGGUACAGGGCUGCAGCCCCACCCCCAGGGAUGUGCAGGGCCCGUACUACCUGCGGGGAGUGCCGCACCAGCGCGUGGUGUGUCGGGGCGGGCCCUAUCUGCUGGUCAAGGGAACGGUGAGAGACUCCAGAUGUUCUGCGGUUGCCAAGGCAACAUUGGAGGUGUGGCAAGCCGACCCCGCUGGAUGCUACAAAAUCAACCCCGACAGGCCCAGCUUCUGCCGCGGGAAGGUCCGGACGGACGCCCAGGGGAGGUUCAGCUUCCUGACCGUCAGACCGGGCAAGUACGGGUCGGGCUGGUGGCAGGCAAGGCCGGUACACGUGCACUUCAGAGUGACCGCCCCACGUCGGCGGACCCUUGUGACUCAGAUGUACUUCUCCGAUAACCUGGGUGAAAAAGACCCGUGUAAGUUCUGUGGGUCAGACAACCCCAGCCAGCUGACAAAGCCGAGGCCCCCUAGCGGCAACGAGAAGAACUACAAAGUGGGGGGAACUCGGUACAGAAUCCAGGAGGUCACAGAGUGGGACAUCGUUCUGAACUGAAACCAAAGUUCAUAACUAAUGUCAUAUUUUUAUGUUUAAUUUAAUUUUUUAUUUACAGUUUUAAUUUAA